CAGUAGGCGGCGCAGGCAGUAGGAAGGAGAAGGAGGAGGUGGAGCAGGAAUUAGUGGGAGAGAAGGUGGCUCAUUUCUGUGCAAGGCAGGGGGCCGAGCGGACUGGAAUGGUAUUGUGUCUCACCUGCUUGCUUGUCUCAUGCUGCUCCCCCACCGCUGGGCUGUUUAGGAGAAGUGCUUAUUGCUGAGCUCUGGACUGGGCACAGGGGCAUCGAAAGCCGGCAGGUUGGAUGAAAGUUUGCACGGGUGUUGGUGCAGGGAAUCAUCAGGAAUACUGGAAGAUUUGCCCUAAUUUUGGAAUAAGGUGUUAUUUAAGGAAUCAAGUUUGCAGCCCUGUUACAUGGGAAAUCAGUCAUGUUAAAGUAAAACACAAAGGUGUGCUGCUUAACAUGCUAAAAAGGCUGGACAAGAUAAGGUUCAGAGGUCAGAAGCGAGACGAGUUUCUUGAUUUAGCAGAGUCUCCAAAUGCUUCCGACACAGAAUGUGGAGAUGAAAACCCCGUGAAAAUACCUCGAACAUCACUAAAAGAUACUGAGGAGCUGAAGGACCCUGCUGGUUCAGGGACCAUCGUCAUGGCUUCUGGAGUGGCAGAAUACAGCAGGACAGAGUCUGAUCGACUGAAUGAGGUUAAAGGGCAUCUAGAAAUCGCCUUGCUGGAAAAACACUUUCUUCAGGAAGAGCUGAGGAAGCUAAGGGAAGAGACAAACAUAGAAACAUUAAAGCAAGAGUUAGAAAAGGAGAGACAAAGAAGAACAGAACUGGAACAAAAAAUUACCGAAAUAGCCAAGACAAGGACAGAUGAAUCUGCCACACAGCAACUUUCAAAACAACCGUCUCAGACAAAUGGAGCAGACAAGCAAAGAAGUAAAACAAUGUGCUAUAGAGUCCAAAAGUGGUUUUACGACAAAUUUGGGGAGUACAUUGAGGAUUUUCGAUUUCAGCCAGAAGAGUGCACUGUGGAAACAGAGGAACCACUAAGCGCUAGAAGACUGACGGAAAAUAUGAGAAGGCUAAAGAGAGGUGCCAAACCUGUUACAAAUUUUAUAAAGAACCUUUCUGCCUUAUCAGACUGGCAUUCUGUCUACACUUCUGCCAUUGCCUUUAUUAUUUACAUGAAUGCUGUUUGGCAUGGCUGGGCCAUACCUAUGUUUUUAUUUUUAGCUAUUUUGAGGUUAUCACUAAAUUACCUCAUAGCCAGGGGGUGGAGAAUACAGUGGAGCAUCGUGCCUCAAGUUUCAGAAACAAUAGAACUUCCAAAAGAAGAUCUGACGGUAUCUGAGAAGUUUCAGCUAGUCCUCGAUGUAGCACAGAAAGCACAGAACCUGUUUGGGAAGAUGGCAGACAUACUGGAAAAAAUUAAGAACCUCUUUAUGUGGGUUCAACCAGAAAUAACCCAGAAGUUGUAUAUCUGUCUCUGGGCAGCGUUCGUUGCAUCCUGCUUUUUUCCCUACAAAACAAUUGGCCUUUGUAUGGGACUGUACGCUGGAAUCAAGUUUUUUCUCAUUGACUUUAUCUUUAAACGCUGUCCGAGGCUUCGAGCAAAGUAUGACACCCCUUAUAUUAUCUGGACAAGCCUGCCAACAGACCCCCAGCUAAAAGAGCGGACAAAUGCAACAUCAUCAAGAAGGAUCCAGACUGUUUACUCUAGAGGUAAUUUGGCCUCCAGUGCUCCACAGGGAGUCAAUAGAGAUGAAGAAACUGGCCGCUUCCAUAGUACCAAAAAGAGUAGUUUUCAGGAGAUCUUCAGUUUGGCUGAAGCUGAGCGCCCUCUGCCAGCCUGUGAAACUGGCUGGCGUUGCUGCUUGAUUAACAGAGAUCGGAAGAUGCCGACUGACUAUAUCCGCAAUGGCAUCCUGUAUGUUACAGAAAACUAUUUAUGCUUUGAAAGUUCGAGGUCGGGUUCCUCUAAAAGAAAUAAAGUCAUAAAGCUUACAGACAUUACAGACAUUCAGAAGUAUAAAGUGUUAUCAGUACUGCCAGGGUCUGGGAUGGGUAUUGCAGUGUCAACACCAUCUACACAAAAGCCACUAGUUUUUGGUGCCAUGGUUCACAGAGACGAAGCAUUUGAAACAAUCUUCAGCCAGUAUGUCAAAAUCACAUCUGCAGUAACAAACAGCGACACCUAGGACUCACCUGCCACCCUGACAUUAUAGCUGUCCUCUUUGCCUUCCACCUCUUUAUUCUAUUUUGCAAUAAUUUUACUGAGUAGAGGGUUAUAUAUUUCUCUUACAGUAAAUGAGUAUUGUUUAUUUUCCCGUGUCCAUCUUUCUAUGUAUGUACACUUUUUUUUUUUUUUUUUUACAGUGUCAGACCUCCCAUUAUUUUUAACAGAAUGCAAAAUGGGACCUACAGAUAUAAGCACUCAUGAUCUUUCAUUUACAUCUAAGCUCUUAAUCCUAAUAGAUUUUAAUAUACAUCCACCCAAAAUCUUUAAGCCCUAAUAUUAUACACUGAACACUCCAUAUAAUGUUGUCUUUUACUGCAGUGGCUUUGGAAUGAGGGCUGAAAUCACUGCAACUUUUUGUUUUAUCAUGGGGUUAUUUUAGAUGAAAUGGUAGGUUGGGAAAAGUGCCAUCUUGUGAGUCACGUGCUUUGUAAAAUUUGUGACUGGCCACAGUUUUGGGCCCUGUCAUGACAGAGAAUAAUCUCAGUGAGUUAUGUGAACAGUUAGAAAGAAGAAUAUGCGACUUGUGGCAUAAUCAGACCAUCACCUUAUUCUUGAAAGCAUGUCUGCUUUCAAGAAUACAUGUACACAUAUUUAUUAGGGCACACCUGCACUGCUAAUCUAAUGAAACCUUUGAUUUUCCUGGUUGGAAUUCUGGGAAUCAGAGCUAAAUUAUAGGGUGAUAAACCAUCCUGCUGCUGUUCAUGGAAUAUCUGUAUGCAUGCAGUUUUUGCUUUCCCUCUGCUGCAUGGGCUAAUUUUCCAUGGCAAGGCAUCUUUAGUUCUUAAGCAUUUACCCUUUAAUUUGAAUAAUCAUGGUUGACUACUUUAGUUGCUGUGCAAAACUAAACCCUUAAAUUGAGGAACAGGUGCAAAAUAAUAUUGUAAGAGAACAGAAACUACAGCUUUCUUGCAGCGUACGAUCUGAUUUAUUGUUGGGAAAGUAGUGUGAAAUGUAUUAGGUAUGGUUUAAGGUUAAUCCAAAUACAGCAGUGUGAGCGAGAUGUAGCAAAAUGUACUCAUUUUGGUGCAGAUUUAUUUAAAACAUGUUAAUAUGUGCUAUCCAACCACUUUGUAUGAAACUUACCCCCAAAUACGCAUAAUAAAAACUGCCCCAUGUUCUCACCCAGGAGAUUGAUUUCAUGGAUCAUUGUAAAGCCUGCUCUUAAAGCUAUAGUUUCCUUGCAAGUUAGCAGAAUGGACAGUACAUACUAACUAGUCUUUUCCUGAGUUUAAUGAAUGUCCCAAAGGGCUUGAAUCCUUGGGAAAGAUAAUCUGUAUACUUGUAAUUUGUAUACUUGUAAAAUCAUGUCUCAAAAUAACAGUACUUGUCAUUGUUUAUAUUAUGGUUUUAAGUAUGAUUUUUCUUCUCAUUUUAUUUUAUUGUCAUUCACUUUAUUAAAUGAAGAGCGUUUUACAUUUGUCAGCACUGCUGCUUAUGGACUAAAAUAUCCGCUGACCCCUACAAUGUUCAGCAGGAGUUGAAGUAUAGGUCAGUAGCGGGUGGAAGAUAGUUGAUUGGAGAUACCCAGUUCAAUAAUUUUUUAAAAUCUCAUUUUAGGGGAAUGGUAAUAAGAAAAAGUAGUUGGAUCUUAGGCUGGUGGCAUGUUUCUUUUUCAAGUGAAUUGGAGUUGGCAAUGGACAUUUACAAUAUACCCCCAUGUGCUAAAUGAUACCACUUAGCUCAAAGUCUUUAGUAAAAGUAAGAAAUAAGAAAACCCAGAAGUUUACUUAAUCUCUAGCUGGAUAUACUCAUUCCAGUUCUUAUUGAACUAGUCCCGUAACGGCUUGCCUGUUGGCCUUGGCCUGGCAAUGAAAUGAAUUCCUAUUGAACCUGUUGGUGAUAUUAUUGUCAUUACAGUCAUAGUUUUCACUUGACUAUCCGACCUAAUUUAUACGUAUAUAACUGACUUGAAUAAGUGCAUACUUUCCUGAGGCAGGAAUGAGUGUAUUGUCACAAGGGGUGUUUUGACCAGUGCUACCAUCAUGCAGAAAACUGCAGUGGUUUAAACUACAAUCUCAGCCUGCUUUUCAUAGUAAUCUAUGGGAAAUGUAGUGCCUGAAGCACACAAAGCAGUGACUGGGAUAGAGGAGGCAUUCCUAAACCCUGUAGUGCGUGCCAUAGAUUGCUAUGUGAUGCACAGACAGUGAAGGGAAUUUUUACAGCUGAUUUUCUGCCCCUAAUGGCAGCAUGCUAUGUCAGUAUAAUGUCCUUUUAGGACAAUGAAAAACUGUAAUGCUUGCACAUCUAUAUUUAUGCUUUCUUAUCUGGAGAUUAAUUUAGCAAGCACACAUUUGCAGUAAGGCGUGUUCUUCUUUUAGAAACAAUAGUUAGCAGUUAUAAAGCAACAUGGCAAAACACAUGGUGACUGAAGGCUUUUCAAUUGCUGAAUCUGUCCCGAAGUGCCUCUAGUAAGAAAAAAAGAAACAUACCAUCCUUUGUAUUGCUUGGGGUUUUUUAUUAUGGAUAAUGGGGGAACUGAACUUUCGGUUAUGUUUAAGAGCAAUGUAAUAGCUUGAUUUGCCUUGACACCUUUGCAAAACAAAAACAAAUGUUUGGUUUGUUCAAAUCAGAUUAACUUCUAAAUUUACUUUGAUGAAGACAGGGAUAUUCUGAGACACUUAUCAAUUUGUCAUUGCUUUUCUGUGGUUUUUGAACUAUUUCGCUUUUUCUUCAGCUCUUCUCCAGUUUGAAGUUUCAGCAGCAGUUUGAAAAUGAGUAGGAGAGCGUCUGAAUAGAAUCCUAAGUAACAAUAACAAUCAAGUUAUAGCUUUACAGAACAAUCAUUUUUUGGCUGCCAGGGUCAGUGACCCCCCUUUUAAUUAUGAACAGAGGCAGCAAAGGAAGGCAAAUUGUUAAAAAAAAAAAAAAAAAAAAAAAAAAAAAAAACUAUUCAAUAAAAAGUGAAGACAAAAUUCAAAAGUUGAUAACAAAAGGACAUUCUGUGACACUCCAACUUAAAGUUGAAAAACCCAUUAAACAUCCCAAGGCAGACAUAAAAAGCAGUGUGUGUGUGGGUUCAUUUGAUAUAGAACCUUAAUUAGCAUUCAGGAAAUGGAUAGGGUUAUAGAGUUCCUUCUUUUACAUUGUUCAACUCUUUCUGGCAAAUCCCCGCCCCACCCAACAUCAGUUUGUUCUAGAACUAGCUGGCAUUAUUACCCAGCCUACCCAUAAUUAAUUAAAUUUUUAAACUCAUGGCAUGCUUUUCUCUAUUGAAGUUUUCUCUCUGAUUUUGCACAGGAAAAGAUACAGAGAAAACCCAAUAAUAGUACACAUUUCUUUGGCACAUAUGGUACACUUAAAUGAAAUGGUACUAUUUUCAUUGUGGCAGAGGUAGGCACGCUGAAUAUGAGUAUGUGCCUAACUUUGAUGUCAAUGUUACAUAACCUGGUUGUAAGAAGGAGACAUUUAAGAUACUGAAAUCACUUUAAUUUUGAGUAUAUGGAAAACAGAACAAAUUCUUUUUGCAGUGCUGAAUUUUAAUUGUGACAUUUGUUUUCUUUUAUUUGUACUCCAUUUGUUUUCUCUAAAGCAGAUAUAUUUAGUAAUAUAGUAAUAUAUUUUUGUUCAACUUUUUUUUCAUGUUUGUCACUGUGGUCGGUUUGAGUUCCUGUUCAUGUUGAAGGGACAAUGAAAACAACCCUGUCUUAAAAAAGAAAACAAAUGUGUGUGUUCAGUUAAAUGUAUAAAUAUAUAUACUGUAUAAUUUAAGGAACUCAUUUCAUUUUUUAUCAGAGUUGGGUAAAAGCUGUUGGACUGAUGUCCCCUAGGUAAGUGUAGUAUUUAAACGUUACUGACUUUUAUACAGUAUCUCUACUCUUAGUUAAUAUUGCACAUGGACCGUUUACAUUACAUCUGGGGAUGGCAGAUUGAGAAAUGGACUUCUCACAUUUCUUUUUAAGUUGUAACAAUAAAGAAGUAAAAGAAAUCACCUCUCAGUAAGAAUUCCUAUUGAGUUAGUCUGUGACAACAUAGGCUGCCAAAUGACAUCACUUACAUUUUAAUAAUAUCACUAUUCUGGACCCCACUGGUUUAUAUUGCAAAUAUGUUUUAGUUCUUACUGCUUUGGAAACCUAAAAAGGUUUAUCUAUGGAUUUAAUUUUUGCAUUUAGGCUUUCCAUAUUAGUUAUUUGUUGAAGAUCAUAAUAGGAAAAAGCUUUCAGCACAUAUUCACAGAGAUUAUUAGUUGGAAGUGUUAUUUUUAAUGAUUAUGUUAUCAGCUGUUACUGCUAGAACAUUGUCUUAACAAAUGAAAUUGGUCAUAUAAUAUGGUGCCUAUGAGAGACCAAGGGAUGUCCUGGUUAUAUGUUCCAUAACUAGGUUUCCAGGGUAUAUUACUGGUAGUAGCCAAUGAGAGAGUAUUUUGAAAUGAGAUUUUUCUUCUCAAGUCAAAUGAUCCAAAAUGCGAAAGACUAAAUUCACAACAUGCUUGGUAAAACUGUGGAUUUAUCCCCCCUUGUUGUGCUGUUUUGAAACAACUGCUGUGAUGAAUCCUUGCAAAAAUUCCUCAAACUUCAUUAAAGAAAAUGUAAAUACAAAUGAAUGUAAAAUUGCUCAGAGUGGGUCUGCCAUGCUAAGCAGACUAAACAUAACUCAAAUUGUGCAUUUUGCGCCAUUCCCAGGAGAUCGGUUAGCUGAUUCAGUAAAACCAUUCACUGUUACAAUACUUUGCAGUUUUAUCCUAGAGGAAAAAAUAUUAAUGGGACUUUAAUGCGUUUGUAUAAAAUGUAACACUAUGAUCUACCACAAUAAAAAUUCAGAUAUCUUUUCCCCUUCCAUACAACAACUUACAGCUCAAGUUAUAUGUUUAACACACACUUGCUUGUUUCACAGCCAAAUGACAAACUGCACAUGCUGGCGCUUCUUACCAUAACUCCCUCACUCACUGUGGCAAAAAUGUAACAUGGCAUGGGACAUAUUUCCCUAUUCACUUGUAUACGAUUUUUUUGGAGCAUGUUUAUCAAUGUGUAGAAAUAUUGUGCCCUGUCUUUACCCUUAAAUAAAUAUGCCCCAACAAUUUGUACAAAAGAGAUUAUUGAAUAAAGAACUGUGUUAAGUUCUGUUUUUUACCCUUUGAUAAAUAUCCCCCAUGUGCCAUAAUUAUACUGCAGUGCAUGCAGUUGGCCUUUACUUAUUCCCAGUUAGAUCUGCAUUCCUGAUCCUUCUAUGAGCUAAUAUGUCUUGCUGCAUGAGGCAUUUGCUAUAAACUUUGCCUGUGAUCACACCCUGAUGUAGAGAAAGUACUUUAAGAUUGUUGUACAAAGGGCUGGGAGGAUUAAUAAAUGCUCACAAAGCCCUCAGAGUCAUGGAAUUUUUUUUUUUAAACCUUAAGCCACACCAGGCCUCCGACUAGUUUUGGACAUAGCCGCCCCUCACACACUAAAAUUAUGGUUAUGGAUUAAGCACACACAAGCACAUAAAUCAUAUACAUGCGUAUUAAGAUAAUUUAAAUGGCACUUUUUUUUCAGUAUUUUCAAAACGUUAAUAAAUAGAUAAAAUGUGCACAAUGUUCACAAGUAACAGGCUCUAGAAUAAGGGUCCCCAACAGUUUUUACACAAUCAAAUGUAAAAAGUGCUUGGAAAACACGCAAGUAUGAAAAUGUUCCUUGAGGUUGCCAAAUAAGCACUGCCAUUAACUAUUUGUUAUCCCCAUGUGAACUGGCGGCCUAUAGGAUGCUCUGUUUGUAGUAAAUUUGUUCUGUAUGCCUCCAAAACUUGGAUGGGUGUGGAGGGCAACAUGUUACUUGAGAGCCACUGCUUGGGGGACACUAGAAUAACAUACCACAUUGUACACAUCACUUUCCAUGCUCUGCCUGGGAGCUUUGUCUGUUGUAGUAUUGCACAGCUUGACACACAGUGAAUCAAACAAGAAGUGUUCAUGUUAAAAGUGGUGGCUCAUUUUCUCUAAAAAUUCUUAUUUCCUGCAGAUUGCAAUAUGAUGUUGUAUCAUCACUACACAUUUUUACUGCAAAAAGUUAGUUUGGACAGGUUAAUAUUUAGGCAAGUGGUCAGCACUAGAGUUGGUGCUGAAAUUGAUAUGAAAUCAAUUUAUGUAAACCAUUAAGGUCCCUUUUAAGUGAUUGCUGCUAAAUUGUAUAAUGUUUACCUACACUGCCACAAUAUUCAGAUUUGCUAGCCCAUUACACACAAAUAAAUGAGAAAAAAAGUAUUUGUAGUCAAAAUGUUGACAGAAGGAAAUUUCUGUCAGAAGUUCCACAUAUGUAUAUAUAUUUUUGACAUUUUCAACUGUAUAGAUUAAGAUGUUAGUUUUUACUGAACUCUGUAAAUUUAGAAGGCUAUUUCUUGUAUUAAGACUGCAUUAGAAGGAUAUGUUACAGUUUUUAUGUCUGUCAGAGUCUAUUUUUUUUUUUAGUUGUGAAUAAUUUUAGCUGAUAAAAAAUGAAAUAAUGACUAACUUGCCCUGUACAUUUUUUUUAAAGAAAAAAACUUUUAUUGCAUAACAAAAAAAUGACAUACUUCUUGUAUAAAAUAAAACUUCAUUUGA